AAAGGAGAGGGAUCCGCAACUAUUUUUCCUGUGGUUUUGAAGCAGUUUUUGAUAGCGGAAUCGAAUAUUUUGCUCUAAACCUUUGAUUUUCACAUCCUGAAGUCAUGGCGGAAGAUAUCUCAUGGAAAACAUCGAGUUUCCGGCAGAGUGUCGUUAACAAAAUAAAUGAAGCCAUCCAACAAUCCGGAAUGACACCGAACAAAAAUGGUUUGGAAAUGGAAAAUCACGUAUUCCAGAAAGCUCGCAAUAAGGAUGAAUAUUUGGGAUUUGUGGCAAGAUUGAUACUACAUGUUCGAGAAAUGAAUACAAAAAAUAAAAAUCAACAGAAUCCUGGUGUCGGUGCACCGGAUGGAAGCGGUUCUUCCCAACAAGGAGGAAUGCCGGAUCCGAUAAAUGCCCUACAAACUUUGGCUUCCCAGGGAACACAACGGCCUCAGAUGAUGGGUGGAACAGGUCAGAUGGGACCGGGAGCUGGAGGACCCAUGGUUGGACAAAUGGGAGGAACUGGUAAUGCUACCAAUCUUUUGCAGACUUUAAACCGACCCCAGAUGCCGAUGACUGGUGGCAUGGGUGCCGGAAUGCAAGGAGCUAAUCGGGGAGUUGUUGGAGUUAUGGGAGGGCCGAACCAGAUGGGACCAGGCAUGAUGCCAGGUCAAAUGCAACCUGGCGGACAAGCUGGGAUGCCCGGAAUGCCUAACCAGAUGGGAGGUGUCAUGGGUCCCGCUGGAAUGAGUGGAGGCAAGAUAGUAGGAAUGGGAAACCAAGGGCAAAUGAAUCAGAUGAAUCCAAUGCAAAUGCAGGGUCAAAUGGGCACUGGAGGAAUGCAACAAGGACAAGUUCCUCAGCAAGGGCAAACACAGCCUGGACAGCAAACCGGUGCACCAGGAGGCGCUAAUCAGAUGAACCCAAUGGGAGGAAUGGGUGGUAUGCAAGUUAAUCCCGGCGGUCAGAUGAAUCAAAAUCCUUUGGGCCAGCAACUGAAUAAUAUGGGUAUAAAUCAAGGUCCAGGUGGAAUGAAUCAAAUGGGAGGUAAUAGUCCUAUGAAUCCGGGUAAUAUGGGUAUGGGACCAAACCAAGGAAUCCGACAACAGAUGCCUCCAGGAAUGAAUCAAAAUCCUCAACAAAUGGGCAUGAACCAAAUGAAUCCAAACGUUGGAGGUCCAGGUGGAAAUAUGGCUCAAGUUCCACAGCAAGUUGGAGCUCAGCAGCAGGCUCAAGCCGGUAUGGCAGGAAUGGGCCCAGGUGGACCGAAUAAUUUGCAACAAGCUCCAGGUCAACAACAACCAAAUCAAGGAGGGCCAAAUGUUGGACCAGGCCAAAUGAAUCCUGGAAACAUGGGACCUGGGGGAAACAUUCCCGGUAAUCAAAUGAAUGUUCAAGGUAAUUUCGUUCCUAUUGGAGCUAAUCCGAUGGUACGUAAACCUCAAGACAUGAUGAGCGGUGGACAAGUCUAUCCGGGAGGAGCGGUACGAAGUGUAACCCCAAAUCAAUUUCUUCGCCAAUCUCCAUCUCCAUCGGUUCCAUCUCCAGUUGGAGGUCAAGGUUCCAUGGGUUCGCAAUCCCAUCCUGGUCAAAUGAUUCCUAGCCCAGCACUUAUCCCAUCUCCGAAUCCUGGCAUGGGCAGUGUUCCUCCGAGAAAUAUCGGUCAAUCGCCAGGUUCCAAUUUGAACACUCCUGGCCAACCCGGUGGAGCAGUUCCGAGUCCAUUGAAUGCUACAGAAGAACAACUGUAUCGAGAAAAAUAUCGAGCACUGACAAAAUACAUAGAACCUCUUAAACGCAUGAUUGCGAAAAUGGAGAAUGACGAUAUCGACAAGAUUGCUAAAAUGAAACGUCUACUAGAAAUUUUGUGCAAUCCAACUUGCAGAAUUCCGCUGGAAACGCUUUACAAAUGUGAGGCAGCUCUUACCAGUCAACUUGGCUCAAUUCGAGAAACGCCACUCAAUAAUCCAUUGGUCGAGGCCGUGUCUGCCAAUCUACAAAGUCCGCUGGGUAAUCAUACCCUGCAACGUACUUUUCGUCCUUGCUUAGAGGCUUUGUUUGGACCGGACAUAAAAAAUCUACCAUCUCCUGCUAAGCAACCUCGCUUGUCUCUGGAGGAUUCGAUCACAUCUAGCUCUUCACUCUCCCAGGAAAUUCCCCACAUUCUACAAGGAGAAAUUGCUCGUCUGGAUCAAAAAUUCAAAGUUUCUCUUGAUCAGUGCGCCAUCACUGGAACUAAAACUAUCCGGCUGAUCUGCUGGCUAGACGACAAACAUCUUCCUUGCGUGCCGCCAAUAGCUGUUACCAUCCCGGAAGAAUACCCGUUUGUUUCGCCGACUUGUUCGUUGAUUGAACAGGAGUACAAUGCUACUCCGUUUUUGAUCCAGGUGCAGAAAUCGUUUUUGGCACGGAUUUGCAAAUUACCGGAAAUGUUUUCACUAUCGCAUUUGCUGGACACUUGGGAGAUGUCCGUGCGUCAAGCUUGUUCUCCGAACCCAAGCCUGGUGGCACCGAGCACCACCAGCGUGCUACUAGGAAUGUAGUGCGUCGUCAAUCAGAUUUUUGAAGCUUCUUACAAUAUGUACUUUUACAAAUAUUUGAUGUAAUAAGUCAAACAUAUUCAAUAAAGCGUAUAAAAUGUCA